CAAAAAUAUCAAAGAUUCAGAACUAUCCUCGGCGUCUUUUUCUUUUCUUCAGCCAGAAAUAUCCUCUCUUGGACCAUACCCACGAUGGCGUCUCUUCUUCCCAGCGCCGCGUCUGGCGCCAUCUUCGGAUCGGCUUUGACGGCAUCUGGAGUCUACGCACCUUCCGUGAUUGUCUCGCAGAUGGGCUUGUCAAAUUUUCAUAUGCUCAAGUCUUUUCUCGCAGCCAGCGCAUGUAGCGCUCUCAUCAUUGUUGGCGCCAAUCGCUCGGGGUAUGCAAAGUUGCCACACCGAACCGACUCGUCCUACGGCUGGUUCAUGAAAUAUGACGCCAAUAUCGUUGGGGGCUUGCUGCAAGGCAUUGGCAUGACGAUCACUGGAGCAUGUCCUGGUACAGUCCUAGUUCAGAUGGCUCUGGGAAUCAGAUCAGCCUGGAAUGUCGCAGUCGGAGGUGUGCUUGCUGGCAUCGUCUUCGCCAGAAUAGGUCAGGGUCUUAAGCGCCGGCAGGCAACGACACCGGACGCCGGAAAGCAUACUCUCCAGGAGAAAACUGGCUUCUCCACGACAUCCAUCGUCAUGCUCUACGAGACUCUCUGCUUAAUCAUGAUCGCAGCAGCCACAUACCUGGCUCCUACAAGACAAUACUGGCUAAAUCCAGUUCUAGGUGGAGUUCUUAUUGGUGUUGGCCAAGCAACGUCGGUGCUCUUCACUCGCAAGACUCUCGGCGUGUCAAGCGCCUACCAAGAUAUCGGGAAUUACUUCUGGAGCAUCCUGGAGGGAAAGGCUGGUGCGGGUCUCUCGAAUGUCGUCUUCGCUGGUGGUGUCAUGGCUGGCUCGAGAAUCAUCUCUCAGUACGUUCCAACCAUAGGUGACACGGGUCCAGGAGUCAGUGCACCAGCUGCGAUUGCGGGAGGCUUCGCCAUGAUAUUCGGGGCCAGGUUAGCCGGCGGAUGUACCAGCGGACACGGCAUCAGCGGCAUGUCAACAAUGAGCCUCAGCAGUUUUGUUACUGUUGCGUCGAUGUUUGCAGGAGGUAUUGCAGCAGCUUUCUUGACACGAUGAGACUAUGUAUGCUCAAGGAUACGAGGGACAGUGAGCAGCCCGUAGAAGCUGGUGUGCCGAUUUACCCUGUCACUCCACCACUAUCCGCUCCGAUGCGCUGCCUUCGACAGCCACUGCCUCAUUUCACCGACCACCGCAGCACGUUUUCACAUGACCAUAUUCAGUUAUUGCCUCGCGACUUCACUUGGACUGCCUCUGCUAGAGCCUUGUUGUGGAAUGCAUUCACUGUCGGGCUCAAGUUCUAACCCUCUCGAUCUUGGUUCUUCCAUCUUCCAGCGCUACUGUGCUCAGAUCGUCAGAAAUGGCUAUAGCACUUUACCGCGACGAAUGUGUACCACUGUCGGACUUUGAUCACACGAGCAGCUCCUACUACUAGUACUUACUCAACUGCAUCCUCCCACCACAAAUACCUCCAUUGCUUUCACGAUGUCGUUUCUCCGCCUGAUUCCCGAUGAACACAAACCGGCCCAUAUCUCGGCUUCAGCCACGGCUCAAUCGCUUACCGACAUCCAAUUCCCUGACGGUACCGGGAAGAUCUCACCAAAUACUACCCGAGCCGGCGCAACCCAUACGAAGUUCCUAGUUCUGACACCAGAAUCGAAAUUUGCGAAGCAAACCAUGCUGAAGUCAGUAUUGACAGGUAACGACGUGGCUGUCGACAAGAACGGGGUGAAAAUGGAGGCUGCGGAGCAAAGAGGCACCGAGUGGUCAUGAUGUCUCGAUAGUGCUUCGAUCUUGUUGAAAAGCCUUGCGCAAGAAGUCCGGCUGCAGAUAGGUCAAGGUUAUCGACAGUAAAGACAGGAUACAAUGGGAGCGUUGCACCGACUUGCCCAUAGGAAAGGCUUGAUGCACGCAAUGCGGCGUGUAAUCCCUGGAGAAAGGGGCAUGGUCGCUGCUGGUCCGACGAAGAAGUACUGUGUAUACUGGUAGCAUCAUCUUGACGUGUUGAAUGAAAAGUUCUCAGCGGUCAAUAUGGCUAAGAAUCCAUAAAUGAACGAGGC